AAAUGGAUAUCAACUUAUUGCCAUGGCUGAUAAUAGUCGUGCUAAAAAUGGUAAAACCGUCCUUUGAAACUAAAUACGAAUACGUUUUGGAGGACGAAGCGGUAUUUUCUGAUUGUCUGGAUAAUCCCCCUGGGUAUGCGAAUAUUUCUGGUUUGCUUGAUAUGACGCACGUAAACUUUGAAAUGGACCCAGAGGGGAUAAACGUAGAAGGCAAAAUAAUAUGCUCAUGGGACAUUCAGCCGACCGAUCUUAUAGAGGCUCGAGUAAGCGUCUUUCAUUUGGAUCGUGGGUCUUGGCAGCCGACCAUACUUAAUCUGAUGAUUAAGGAUUUUUGCAAAAUACACCUCGACCCGAAACAAUAUUGGUUCAACAUCUAUCCAACAUACAUUAUCAACAAAGAGGAAGCAAAAGAAAAAUGCUUCAACCAUAUUGGGACUGAAUAUUUUUUUGAACCGUUUACCUUGAGAAUGAUUUUUGGCGCAGGCUUGAGUAUUCCUCCUGGAAGAAAGCGUAUGGUAUUUGUCUUGACGGCGGUUGAUCUGAAUAACGUAAGCCGUCCAAAUGGAGUUUGCUUUGAGAUAAGAGGAGAAUUUUUUAAGAGCUGAUAAAGCAGUCAAACGCAGUCUGAAGAAAUAUUGCCCAUCAGAGCAAUAAAUUUAUUAUAUAUGAUUUCUUUGAAACUAUAUACAAUGUAAAACACCGACUUAUUUUAUGCAAUAUAAUUGGGUUUCUGUGUCUUGCAAUGGGUAAAUGUUUUUUUUUAAAUUAGCGUUGUUGCACUAAUAUGUCCAAAGCAUGUCAAUUUUUUCUUCAGUACGAGAACAUUUAAUUCAAAUCGUGUUUCAGUCAA